GCGCGCGCACUGACAUAAACCCGAGAGCGCGCAGACGUCACGCGCGCAUUCGCGCAAAACAACAUGGCGGCGCUGGUAAAGCGAGGGAUUUAAAGGCGAAGCAGUUCGAAAGUUAAUUCAGGGACAGUCCCUUUAAUACGGAUACUGUCCCCAGAUCUGGUCAUAUUACCCUUUAGCAACAUCUUUGGUUGCCCCUGCCGUUAGCAGCCAAAAAACGUAGCUGACGAAGAAAUGGAAGAAAUUACUUUCACCAGUGACACUAUCUUGUCAGAGGUCCAUUUACACAAACGACAUAAAAGGCAUUUCAUGGUCAGACUAAAUGCAGUGGGCCAGCCAGUUUUCCAGUCAGUGUUUAAAAUUCUUUCCCACAAUAACACACAAGAGACAGUAAGGAAAGCAUCUUCUUUUAAUGAUAAGAAAACAGAAGAUACAGAAAAGGAUUAUAGUUCUUGUUCUCCUGAAGGCAUACAGCAAAAUGAUUCAGAGAAUAUAGGAAACCUGGUUGAUGAAGAUGGAGAUCUUGAAGUCACUAGAAGACCUCAAUCUUUUUCUGAGAGAAGGGAACAGAACUCUGCUCGGAAUAUUGUAUGUCCCACCAUAAUUACAAUUGGAAAUGAGGAAGACUAUACCUGUGAAGAAAAUAUUGACAGCAGUCAUAACAUAGUGAAAAUUGAGCACACUAUGGCAACACCUCUAGAGGACGUUGGUAAGCAGAUCUGGAGAGGUGCUUUCCUUCUUGCUGAUUACAUUCUCUGGCAGCCCGAUCUCUUCAGAGACUGUACUGUGCUUGAACUGGGAGCAGGCACUGGUUUCACAAGCAUUAUUAUGGCUAUGAUUGCCAAGACCGUAUACUGCACAGAUGUUGGUGAAGACUUGUUGGAGAUGUGCAAGAGAAAUGUGAGCCUGAAUAAAUGUCUUACUGAACCAGCAGGAGGAAAAGUCACCGUAAAGCAAUUGGAUUGGUUAAAGGAAGAAUUUUCUGAAGAUUCAGAAUCUCCAUACAGUUGGACAGAAGAAGAUAUAGCUGACCUUUAUGAUCAUACGACAGUCAUCAUUGCUGCUGAUGGAGCUGUGGAAAAUUACUGCAGUGUCACUUACUUGACUGGAAAAAAAGUUAAAGAUGACCAACCCAGUAUUAAUAGUGAAUAGUGAUCCCUGAACCAAGAACAAAGAAAAUCUUGGCAAACUCUGUAAUCUUGCUCUGAUUCUGUCAAAGCAAGUAGUAGCUUUAGCAAGUAUCAGACAGAGCAAUUGACUCAGUAUCACAAAACAUAAAAAAGCCUUAUAUUUUAGAUAUUUAACUAAAAACAGAAUGCACAUUUUUUCUUUUUCGUGGUGCAUCCAGAGACCUGUGGACCCCUUAUGUACGUAUGUCACCAGUAACAAUUAGUUGUGUAAUCCCACAAACUCUAUCCACCCAUAGCUAUCAAACAUUUAGAGGAACAUUUUAAUACUCCCCUAAACUCCCAUAAAUUCUAAAUUCGACCAAUCGAAUUUUAUUUUAAAAAAGAAAAAAAGAAAAAUUUAUUGUAGAUUUGAGUGUUUUCUCCGAAAAAAAACCAGGAAGGCUGUAAACA